UUUAUUUAUAAAGGUCUUCUUUACCAUAUAUUAAACACAUACAAAAACAUAAAGGCCUUUACAGACACAAAAGCACAAACAAAGACAUAAAUAUAUAAAAGCACAUAUAUUAUGUCGGGUAACAAUCAAAAAAUCAGCAUUUUCCCAACCCGCAUGGCUCUCACUACCAUGAAGUCAAAGCUAAAGGGUGCUCAAACGGGUCAUUCACUCUUGAAGAGAAAAGCCGAAGCUCUUACAAAGCGUUUUAGAACCAUUACUCAAAAAAUUGACGAGCUCAAGCGCAAGAUGGGACAAGUCAUGCAAGUUGCUUCUUUCUCCUUGGCCGAGGUCCAAUAUAUCACUGGUGAUAUCAGCUAUCAAGUACAAGAGGCCGCAAAGACUGCUCAAUUGCGUGUCCGUGCAAAGCAAGAGAAUGUGUCUGGUGUGAUGUUGCCCGUGUUUGAGAUGUAUACUGAAGGCGGAAAUGUUUUUGAAUUCACUGGUCUUGGACGUGGUGGUCAGCAGAUCCAAAGAACAAAAGAAGUCUAUGCCAAGGCUGUCGAGACACUUAUUGAGCUUGCAAGCUUGCAGACUGCCUUUGUUAUCCUUGAUGAAGUUAUCAAGGCCACCAACCGUCGUGUGAAUGCGAUUGAGCACGUCAUUAUUCCCCGUUACGAGAAUACCAUUAAAUACAUUAUUUCUGAGUUGGACGAACAGGACAGAGAAGAGUUCUUCAGAUUGAAAAAGGUGCAGGGAAAGAAGAAGGAGAGAGCCGCUAUUCAGGAAAUCCAGAACGGUGUUGAUGCCGCUGAAGCUGCCGAUAAGAAGCAAGAAGCUUUAGAAUUCAAGGCUGCACAUGAAUCUGGCCAGAUUGAUGUCUUUGAGGAAGAUGACCAGGACCUUUUGCCCUUUUAAAUGAAGGUGUAUCUUUUAUUUUUAAUUUUGAUAUUCCCCCCAAAAAACAAACAAACAACAAGUACAAGAACAACAACAGCAACAGAAACAACAACAACAACAACAGCAACAAAAAAAUUGAAAAUGAAAGACAAAAGUCCAUAACAAGAAGAACAAGAACAAGAACAAGAAAAAAAAAACCUACAUAAUUUGGUUUUUGUAAGAGAAUAUAUACAUCAGUUUCU